ACAUGUACUUCACACCCCAUACACCUUGCAGGACGUCCCAUCAAUUGUACAUACAUAAACACACGCAGCUAGUAAUAUAACACUGUAGUAGUAUACAGGGUCGAAGUGUAUUGUAAUAGUCCAUGCAUCCGCAUCUCCACUAGUCACUACCGUUUACCACAAACAUCAUCAGAUCCAACAUACACCUUUAUCUGGAAUCAGUAGCUUUAGACCAUCGCAUCUGAAGACGUCCUUCGACUCAACACAUCAGCAAGCAGUGGUGAGCGCAACAACACGGAAUCCGCAAACGACUUGCCACUCAGAACAGCCGCACACUCAUCGCACAGCACCACAGCAUCAGCAUCAUGGACGAGGACAUGGCACAGGAGUCGCACCAAGCCAUGGAAAGCCGCACACGCUCGCGUUCACCCAUACAUGCACACGACUUCCAGAACGAUGGUAGACACACAGCCGGGGAGGAACAUGGUGGUAGCAACGCUAUGUCCAAUCAGAAUACAGGUCAUGGAGGCCCAGACGAAUCUGCGCGAGAGGGAGCGGACUUCGAUGGAGACUCCCGCGAAGAUGACGGUCAGAGCGGUGAGAGGCAAAGAUACAGCAGCGGUAGCGGUCACGGCGCAAGGAAUCGUGACCGUGGCAGCCGAGGCGGCGGUGGCGACGGUGACGAAGAGGUGCUGCACGUUACAGCUCUCAACCCAAGCACACGCGAUGCCGACCUGCAGGAAGCCUUUGCCGUGUAUGGCCGGGUCAAGUCUGCGCGGGUGAUGCGUGACCCUCACACGCAGGAGUCGCGAGGGUUUGGCUUCGUCACCAUGUACGGCGCAGAGGCUGCAGCGAUGUGUAUUGCCAAACUCAACUCAUCCACACUCAACGGCAAGCAGAUUGUAGUCGCCAAGGCGAGGCGUAACAGGGCCCACUCGCCCACGCCCGGUCGCUACCGUGGCCAUAAGAGCUUCGAGUCCAUAGGCGGUGGUGGAGGACCACCCAGAAGGGACUCUCGCGAUCUCAGGGAUUCACGCAACAGCUUUGCCUCGGGUGGCUAUGGCGGGGGGGUGUUUGGGGGAAGGGGUGGGGUAGGGGCGUCUAUGCAACCAGCACUGAUGCAGGAUGUGGCGGAUCCACUGUACAGACAGCGCAUGAUCGACUUUCAUACAACGGAGCUUAAUAGACUGUACGACUACGAACGCGAACUGGACGGGCGCAGAGAUCCCUACCGUGACGACGGCGCACGCGACAACAAACGGUACAGUGCACGUGACAUGGGCGGGCGUGGUGGCUCCAGCGGCUACUCAUCCGGCCGGAACCAUGAUCCUUUUGACAGACGGUCCGUGGCCGAGCCCCUGAUCUCCAACCGAGAGCGUAAUUACGGGGGUGGGGGUAGUGUAGGUGGCCCGGGGGGGAGAGAGUCGAGUAGGUAUACAGCCGGCUCUGGGGGCUCGCGGGGUGGUCCCGAGGGUGGGUAUAGCGGCGGUAGUAAUAGAGGUGAGGUGAGGGUGGAAGGGGACAGAGACUAUCGUAUGGGCGGUGGUGGGUCUGGCCGGGGUGAACGGAGAGAGAGAUCACGAUCACCGUACCGGAUGUAAACUCGGAUAAAAAUAAACUUGGUUAUACA